GGUUCUUCCCCGUGACUUGAGGCAAGACUUCCUGUCCUGGCAGCUCCACCUGUUCCAGGCCAGGUGGGAGGGCCUGGCCCGCCCUGUGCAAGUCCUGCUCUCAGUUCAGAGGAGCAGGCAGGUGAAAUGUGGCCCAACAGGUCUGAUGGGAGCUCAGAGAGAAAGCGAGCGAGCAUCUGCGUGGUUGCUGAGAGACUGACGAGCCUGUCAAGCCAGGUGGACAGUGCUGCAGCCAGACCGGGAAUCGAACAAUGACCCCGCUGUGUGUGAACCUGUGCGGUUAUACAGCGACCCUCACCUUGCUUUAACUAGAGAGGAAUUGCUUGAUGGUGCCUGUGAGAGUUGGAGCACAACUCAGGAAGGAGCAGUGAGAGGAAGAGUGGGAGGAGGGUCUGCAGGGUCGGGGAAGGCGGGGAGACACCAAGUGGAGCCGUGGAGCGGACACAAGAGGAGACAUGCUUCACUCCGGACAUGGACGAUCCUUUUCCAGCACCACAACUACAGAGAACUCUCCAGAGUCUGGCAGUGAGAGGUCGAUCCGACGCCUCAGGUUGACGCUACACGCAGGAGAUGACGCAAACAAGGAGGCCAGGUCUGCAUAUUCCAAUGCAGAUAACAAAGAUGACUGGAAAACGAGGAAUAGGCUCAUCCAAAGGGAGAGGCCAGCUGGCAGAGAGUCACCCACGCAGCCCCUGGGUGACAUGACCAAUGGGCUGUCAGAGCCCUCGCUGCAGCAUCAUGGCCCCAAAAUGUACGGCGUGGUGCAGAGGAACAACUCGAGCAGAGUACCAGAAGUGAGGGCGCGAGAGUGGACUGUCCAUCACCUUCAUGAUGAAAUGAAGUACAUCAGGGAGGUGAGAGAUUCUCUGGAGAAGGUCAGAGAGCGCAUGUAUGGGCAGUUUGGUGGCAUGCAGCAGUCUGUGCACAAACUCUCACAGGAAAUGAGGGUUGCCAACUCCCGCCGCAGGAAUCUAGAGUCAGAGGUGAAAGUCCGCACGGCCGCCAUGGAGAAAUUUGAUCAGAUGAACAGCUCCCUUAUGUCUACCAACAUCGGCCUGCAGAAAUCCCUCCUAGAUAACUGUCAAACCCGAUUGGACACGAGGGACGAGGUGAAGAAUUUGCGCAGCACCUGUGAGAAAACAGAAGAAGACCUGAGAGCCAAGGAGAGAGAGUUGGCUGCAGCACAUGCCGAAAACCAACAUCUGAGACUUCAGGUGGAAUCUUCACGGGAGGCCAACAGUAAAGCCCUAAUGGAGCUGUCCAUGAGGCUCCAAGAGGACUACGAGGAACAGCUGCUGGAAGAGCAAAGAAAACACAAAAAGGAGAUUGAAAUACUCCAGGCCCAACUGGACGAAUACAUCAGACGGCUCGAGGAAGCAGAGCUGAACAUCAAGAUCGCAGAGGCCAAAAUUGCAGAGAGGGAUGAGAGGAUCUCUGAACUGGAGCGCCUGCUUGACUGCAUGGGAACAGAAAAGAGUCAACUCCAGCAAAAACUGCAGGAAUGUGAGCGUCGUCUUCACACGUUGGACCUGAGCGAUACAACAGACGGGGCUGCAGCCAUGAGGUCCAAAGAUCUACAAAGUGAAGCUGGAAAUCUCAGGGAGCGAAUCAAACACUUAAACGACAUGGUCUUCUGCCAGCAGCGGAAGGUCAAAGGGAUGAUUGAGGAGGUGCAAACAUUACGAACUCAAGUCGCUCAGAAGGACAUGUUCAUCUCGGAGCUGCUGGACCGAAUUGCAAUGGUGGAGUGUGAGAAUAAUGAAUUAGAAGACAAGCUCAAGUAUUUUAUGUCCACACAGAAUAGUGAGCAAGAGGAUGUGGGCACUGGGGAGAUAGGCCUAGUCUACAAUAUUCUCCCAAGAGUUGACGAAGUUCCUUGGCAUGAUGUUGAACUUCCUAUUCUUCAUGAAGAGAGAGUUCUCAGUCCCAUAGAACACUCUCCGUCUGAUCCACCACCAUUUGCCAUACCACCUCCACCACCAAUGUCACCUCCAUUACCCACGGACCCUCCAUUUUCACCCACACAACCGCCAUUACCACCAUUGCCUUUAUCCUCCAGCCCACCUUCAUCACCCACACAAACUACACCCUACAUAUCUCCACCAUUUUCACCCACACAACCGCCAUUACGUCCACUGCCUUUAUCCUCCAGCCCACCUUCAUCACCCACACAAACUACACCCUACAUAUACCCACCAUUUUCCCCCACACAACCGCCAUUACGUCCACUGCCUUUAUCCUCCACCCCACCUUCAUCACCCACACAAACUACACCCUACAUAUACCCACCAUUUUCCCCCACACAACCGCCAUUACGUCCACUGCCUUUAUCCUCCAGCCCACCUUCAUCACCCACACAAACUACACCCUACAUAUACCCACCAUUUUCCCCCACACAACCGCCAUUACGUCCACUGCCUUUAUCCUGCAGCCCACCUUCAUCACCCACACAAACUACACCCUACAUAUACCCACCAUUUUCACCCACACAACCGCCAUUACGUCCACUGCCUUUAUCCUCCAGCCCACCUUCAUCACCCACACAAACUACACCCUACAUAUACCCACCAUUUUCACCCACACAACCGCCAUUAUGUCCACUGCCUUUAUCCUCCAGCCCACCUUCAUCACCCACACAAAAUACACCCUACAUAUACCCACCAUUUUCACCCACACAACCUCCAUUACCACCACUGCCUUUAUCCCCAAGCCCACCUUCAUCACCCACACAAACAACACCCCACAUAUACACACCAUUCUCACCCACAGAAACAACACCCAACAUAUACCCUCCAUUAUCACCCACACAACAUCCAUUACCACCACUACCCUUAUCCCCUAGUCCACCAUCAUCACCCACACAAACACAACCCUACAUAUACUCACCAUCAUCACCCACACAAACAACAGCCCAGGUAGACCCACCAUCAUCUCCCACAGAAGCACCUGUUAGACAGCAGUAUGCUUCACCCUACCUAACAAUGCACACACAACCGAGGACAUUUAGGCCUAACAAACCUCCGCCCAGCAGGCUGGGGUCCAGUUUGCUUCGCUACACGCCCGUUGAGUACAGCCGCUACUUAGAGGCCAACCCGACGCCGCCAAGCCAAACAGUCUACUCCAGCUCGUUCUCAUUUGAAUCCCAAACCUCAGAGAGCUGGACCGGAGACGAGGUGGACACUCAGACGCCAUCAAAUCCAGACCAAUCUUCAACGUCGUCUAGAAGAACAGGACCAAGGAUACAUUGCAUGGAUACACCUUUCACGAAAUUAAUGGACAUAACAGCAAAUAUAAACAUAGAGUGAUAUACAAAGAUCAUUUAGUUUUUGUAGAUACAUUUAACUUUUUUUUAUUUUUGUACAAGAAAUACGACAGCUAGCGGUCCCUUAGCUUAGCGGAGGACAAAUGCAGAGUCAUUGUGAAAUCCAAUUUUUUCAAAUAACUUUCUUUACUGUGUAAAACCUUUCAUAUUUAUGCACAUUUUAGAAGAGCACAGUCCUACCAAAUAUUUGACGUUUAUAUGUUCUUAGUAUCAGUAUAAAUAUAAGUACCAAUCAUUUUCUUAUCAAAACUAAUCUGAUGAUGACACUUAACAAUAUUGUAAGUUUACUUUGAUUCAAUGUAUUCCUCAUUUCCCUGCCCCAGUUGGGGUAAACUAUGAUCCUUGCUGAAGUUGCACUAUACAUAUAAAGUGCAACUAUAUAUAAAUAUAUAUACAGUAUAUAUGUAUACAAAAAUAGAAGUUAAAAUCUAUAUGUGUACAUACUUUCUCAUACAAAGUAACAUAUUUUGUAAAUUAGUGUUCUUUUGUUUACAAUCGUUAUAAUGUAACCCACACUGCAAAUGGGGACUGCAAGUGAAGGUUGUACUGUGUGUGUGUGUGUGUGUGUGUGUGUGUGUGUGUGUGUGUGUGUGUGUGUGUGUGUGUGUGUGUGUGUGUGUGUGUGUGUGUGUGUGUGUGUGUGUGUGUGUGUGUGUGUGUGUGUGUGUGUGUGUGUGUGUGUGUGGGUGGGUGUGUGUGCGUGUGUGCGUGUGUGCAUGUGUGUGUGUUUUCUUAUAAGUUUGUAUUUGCCACUGUACGAAUUAAAAUUAUAUUUUGUAAUGAUCACAUUACGCACAAAAUAUUUAUUUACCUGAAAUCCUGCUGUGGGAAUAUAAAUAUUAAACAUCUCAUUUGCUACAGGGUAUGUUACAUAUUAUUAUUAUUUGUAUUUAUUAUUACAUUAUACAACUGUAAACAAAAAAGAAGACUUACGUACCACAUGCACAAGUAUCCAACUAUUUCUGAAAGUUGGUUUGAUUCCUUUCGCUGACUUGAAUAUUCAUCAUUGACAACAUACUUUUUAUGUUUUAUUCGGAUUCUUGAAUCUGAGUUGAAUAAACUGUUAA